AGCAGAGAGGAGCGCAGAGAGGAGAGAGAGAGAGAGAGAGAGAGGAGAGAGCUGGGAGCUGAACCCAUCAGCUGAGCGUCUCGCCACAGAUGAGCCACCACGGCCACGGCCGCAGACCCGGCUCAGUGCUGGGCUCUCGGAGCUAGGGGCGCCGCGCCGCGCUUCUCCUCCGUAGACUCUUUUUAUUUGAUUUGUUUUAAAUUCAUCAUUUUGUUUCCAUCAUGGUGCUGGGGAAAGUGCGGGCCUUGGCGGUCUACUUUGACAGUCUGAAUGAGAACAACCUGCCGGCGUUCUCCGGAGGGGACCUGGUGUCCGGGAGGGUUGUGGUGGAUGUGACCGGGGAUGUGCGCGUAAAGAGCCUGGACGUCACCGCGAGAGGAGUCGCCAAGGUGCGCUGGACUGAGUCGAGGAACGCCGGAGCGAACACGGCUUACACUCAGAACUACACGGAGGAGGUGGAGUACCUGCACCACUACGACACGCUGAUAGGAGAGGAGAGAGACGAGGACUGUCCAGAAGAAGGUCUGACCGUCCUGCACCCCGGUCUGCACGAGUUCGCCUUCAGCUUCAACCUGCCGCAGAUGGCUCUGGCCACGUCCUUCGAGGGGAAGCACGGCAGCGUGAGGUACUGGGUGAAAGCUGAACUGCACCGUCCGUGGCUGCUCCCGGUCAGAGUGAAGAAAGAGUUCAUUGUGUUCGAGCACAUCGACAUCAACACGCCGCUGCUGCUGGCUCCUCAGGCCGGUACCAAGGAGAAAACAUUGUGCUGCUGGUUCUGUGCUUCCGGCCCGAUCUCCCUCAGCGCCAAGAUCGAAAGAAAGGGCUACACACCAGGCGAGUCCAUCCAGAUCUUCGCCGAGGUGGAGAACUGUUCCUCCAGGGUGGUGGUGCCCAAAGCCGCUCUGUACCAGACUCAGACCUUCUUCGCUAAGGGGAAGGGCAAGCAGAUCCAGCAGCUGGUGUCCAACCUGAGGGGAGACCCCCUGCUGCAGGGGAAGAGCCAGAGCUGGGAGGGCAAGCUGCUCAAGAUCCCCCCAGUGUCGCCCUCCAUCCUGGACUGUCCCAUCAUCAGGGUGGAGUACGCCCUCGUGGUGAGUUCACUUUAAUGAGUUUCACUUCAUCUUUCAAAGUUAGACUACAUGACAGGAGGGUUUCCUGCUAAUAACCAAACUAACAGCUGAAGAAGUACUUCCUG